CACCCUUUACGUCGCUGUGUAUGUGGGGGAAUUAAGAAGAAAAUGUAUAUGAAACGCUGAGUUCUGGUUACCCGUUGUGAUUCCACUGCCUUUCCCCAGCUCGCACGGAGCCAUUGAGUUCAAUUGGAUUUACCUAUAUACCUUUGGGUAUAUGGCCAUCAUUGGAGUACUUGACCUACUAAGAGCUACUCAGAAGUAAAAGGAGGACAUGUUUGUACCUAGGUGUGAUGGAGAAGAAGGUUUAUUGUAGAUAUGAGGAAGAGAACAGCCAAACAGCCAGAGGCAUUUGAAAGAGUUCAAGGUGGGCAUGACCAGCAGACUGAGCCGGACUCUGUGAGCAUUUGAAAAACUUUGGGCUAUCUGAUGAUGGCGUCAAGAAAAGUCUGGAGUAUGGGAAAGAGCUUCCUCUUUGGUUCAAGAGGUUGGACGAUCCAAUAUUCAGCAGAAAUUUUUCUCAAGUCAGUUUCAUUUCGGCCUUGUAGUGGGAAAUGUGGCAGUGAGGACAGGGAACCUUCGGAGAAUGAGGACCUGCUGAACAACUUGCUCACCAUGGGAGUUGAUAUUGACUUGGCAAGGAGACGGCAGCCUGGAGUUUUCAACAGGGUGGGUACGAACGAGCAGGAGCUGAGGAUAUUCCUUCUUUCCAAAGGAGCGAGUGACAAAGUGAUUGGUAGCAUCAUCUCAAGGUACCCACGAGCCAUAACACGCACUCCUGAAGGUCUUUCAAAGCGAUGGGAGCUGUGGAGGAAGAUUAUGGCAUCAGACCUUGAAAUUGUAAAUAUUUUGGAGCGUUCUCCUGAAUCCUUUUUUCGGUCUAAUAACAACCUAAACUUAGAGAAUAAUAUAAAGUUCCUCUGCUCUGUUGGAUUGACCAAUAAAUGUCUCUGCCGACUGUUGACCAGGGCUCCUAGAACCUUCUCCAAUAGCCUGAAUUUGAAUAAACAAAUGGUUGAGUUUUUGCAGGAGACCGGUGUAUCCUUAGGUCACAACGAUCCCACAGAUUUUGUCAGGAAGAUAAUUUCUAAAAAUCCUUCCAUCUUAACUCAGAGCACGAAACGAGUGAAAGCUAACAUUGAAUUUUUGCAGUCAACUUUCAACUUAAACACGGAGGAUCUGCUGCUUCUGAUAUGUGGCCCAGGAGCUGGAAUCCUAGAUCUUUCCAACGACUGUACCAAAAGAAACUAUGCAAAUAUCCAAGAGAAGCUGCUCUCUCUCGGAUGCACUGACGAGGAGGUACAGAAGUUUGUCCUAAGCUAUCUCAACAUGGUCUUCUUAUCAGAGAAAAAGUUUAAUGAUAAAAUAGACUGCCUACUAGAAGAAAAAAUCAGCAUUUCACGAAUAAUCGAAAACCCUAGGGUUUUGGAUGCAAGCAUAGAUACUUUAAAAACUCGAAUCAAAGAGUUGGUACAUGCUGGGUAUGAUUUGAGUUCAUCAAACAUUGCUCUCCUGUCCUGGAGUCAGAAAAGAUAUAAAGCUAAAUUGAGAAGAUUAAAUGGGUAGGGCAGUGCUGGAGGAGUCUCAGGAAAUCGUUGCAAUCUAGUGUUAUUUCAAAAAGCAAACAUUUUAUUUUUAAAAAUAUUUUAAAAAUGUCUAAGAUUACAUUUAUUUGUAUAUGUGUUUUUUUGUGUAUAUAUUUUUUUUAGGGUGUGCGUGUGCGUGUGCAAAUGCUCACGUGUGUGUGCAUGCCAUGGCACGUGGACAUUGAAGACACAUUUUAGGAGUUGGGCCUCCGUCAUCAGGCUUCGAGGCAAAGUGUUUUACCCACCUAGCCAUCUUGCUGGCCCACGAGUUUUGAUUUUCACCACAGACAUGCUAUAGUGAUUCUGUGGAUACUUUGUUUAUAGGUUGUAAGAACUCAUAGUUAGUAUGCUCAGAUAUGGUCCUUCCAGCUACUUCUUCCUAGUUUAAGUUGAUGUAACAGUCUAUAUAUGGUGUGGGCUGUGGCUGCUGUGGAGCAGUAGUUCUGAAUUCUACAUUAGGACAAUGUAUCUGCUUUCACAGUUUCUGUCAGCUUUUGGGGCUAUAGCUUAGUGGGUGAAAGCUUUCUCAGUACAUGGAAGGACCUUGGUCAGAUGCCCAGCACAGGAAAAAGAAAUUGAUGCUUUUACAUGCAUUAGUUCUGUUUAUUCUCAUUGUUUUCAAUUCCAAGAUUUUCUUUUAUUUCAUUAUAGCUAAUGUGUAAUGCCUAGAAAAAUAGUAAAAUAUGAGUUUCCAUCAUUUACAUUUUUUUUCAUUUGAACAACUAGUACCCUUUCCCAUGACAAAAUUAACUAUGGGUUAUGUUUGAUUUCUUUUAUACAGUAAUUUAGAAAGUAAAAUAAUGACUUCCCAAAGAUGUUAAUAUCUUAGUUGCCAGAAGCAUGAGGAUAUAGUACAUUGCAGAUGUGCUAAAUUAAAAUGUAGUUAAG